AUGGCCCCGGCUCUUGACGUCUACGACGCCUCAUCCAAAGAGAACCGCACCGUAGGAGCCCUCGGAAAAACCGUCUCGGGCAAGCCACUCAAGAUCCGCUCGUACCCGAAAUUCAACUCGCUUGAAGAAGAGCGGUUGUACCGGAAGCAGCAUCUUGCUGCAGCGUUUCGCGUGUUUGCAGACAGAGGCUUCGACGAGGGUGUUGCCGGACAUAUCAGCGUGCGGGAUCCGAUUCUUAGGGACCAUUUUUGGCUCAACCCGCUCUCGCAGCACUUUUCACAAAUCUGCGUGUCGGACUUAAUUCUUGUCAACGAAGACGGCGAAGUCGUAAUUGGCGACGAGCCCAUCAACGCCGCCGCCUUCGCCAUUCACUCUGAAAUCCACAAGGCGCGACCCGACAUCGAUGCCGCAUGCCACGCACACAGCGUGUAUGGAAAGGCCUUCUCAGUCUUUGGCCGCGAACUCGACAUGAUGACACAGGACGCGCUGCGCUUCUACAAGUCCCACGCCGUCUACGAUAACUUUGGUGGCGUCGUCUUGGAUCGUGAGGAAGGUAAACGCAUCGCCAAAGCCCUGGGCAAUGGGAAAGCUGUCAUUUUGCAGAACCACGGCCUGUUGACCUGCGCGAAGACCGUUGAUGCUGCGGCGUUCUGGUUCAUCAGUCUCGACAAGACUUGUCAUGCGCAAUUGCUUGCGGACGCGGCUAGUGCAGGUAGUGGGCACAAGAAGAUUUUGAUCUCGGAUGAAGAAGCGGAAUUCUCGUAUGCUCAAGUCGGCACGGAUGAGAAGGGAUGGUUGGCGUUCCAGGGGUAUUAUGAUGAGCAGCUUGCCAAGACCAAUGGGAGUUUCUUGAAGUAG